AUGGAAAAUCCUCCAGAGAGAUGGGCUCGAUCGUGGUUCUCACGGCGACGUUAUGAUAUGCUGACAACAAACUUGGUAGAAUCAAUGAAUUCCAUGUUACUAAAAGUUAGAGAGAUACCUAUUUUAAUAAUGUUAGAUUUUAUCCAAGAAAAGUUGGGAGAGUGGUUUUACGAACGCCGAAAAAAAGCAAAUGAAACUUUUCACAAAAUAUCAAUAUGGGCAGAAGAAGAGAUGACUAAGAAGAUGGACUUGGCUUGUAAAAUGCUUGUGUUCAACCUUGAUUCAAUAUUGUUUAGAAUAAAUAGUGAAAAAAUCGAAUUCAUUGUGGACUUAAAGAAGAGAACUUGUGACUGCUUGGAAUUCCAACUUGAUGAAUUGCCCUGUCCACGUGCAAUUGCUGCUAUUAAUAAGAGAUAUUUGCAGAAAUCUGAUUACUGCUCAAAAUGGUAUUAA